ACUGUUACUACACAUAUUUUAAAAAGACUAAUACGUAAAGAAACGUUACGUUACGAACUAUAGGAAACGUUAAUGUUCCUAUCGAAAACAUAUCGUUGAAGUGGCAACUCUGUAUACACCCAAGUGUGAAUGGCAAAUUGACAAAAAGAAGUGAACAACAUUUAUUUACAAAGUCGAAUUUCGGUGCAGUCUUAAAAUGUCUGAGCGCAAAGUAUUAAAUAAAUACUAUCCGCCGGACUUCGAUCCGUCGAAGAUACCGCGCAUGAAAUUGGCGAAAAAUCGUCAAUACACAGUUCGAUUGAUGGCACCAUUUAAUAUGCGUUGCAAAACGUGUGGGGAGUACAUUUACAAAGGCAAGAAGUUUAAUGCCCGCAAGGAGGAUGUGGAAAACGAAACGUAUUUGGGAAUACGUAUCUAUAGAUUCUAUAUCAAAUGCACACGUUGCCUGCAGGAGAUCUCGUUCAAAACUGAUCCGCAGAAUACGGACUACGAGAUUGAGGCGGGCGCAACUCGUAAUUUUAUGGCACUGAAGCUGGCCGAGGAGCAGGCACGUCGCGAAGAGCGUGAAGCACGCGAGGAGGAGGCUAAUAAUCCAAUGAAGUUGCUAGAGAAUCGUACACAACAGUCGCGCAAUGAAAUCGAAAUGCUCGAGAGUCUCGAAGAGCUGCGCGAUCUCAAUAGACGCCAGCAGACCGUGGACUACACGACCAUGUUGGAGCAGUACAAUCCAGCAGAAACGGAACGAGAACGCGCAGAGCGGGAAGAACGCGAAGAUGAGGCGUUUGUCAAAUCUGUAAACUUCAAAAACAAAUCAGAGAGCGGCACACGGAUUGUAGCUGAGGAAAUUAUAGAGGAAUUAACGGAGGAGCGGGAUUCAGAUUCAACUGCGCCCACACCAGCCAAACUUGCCAAGCCUAGUUUUGCGAAACCUAAUUCCAGCAAAGCGAUUUCUGGAGUACAGCUGGUGAAAAGAAAGACGCCCUUGGUACUGGUAAAACCUAAGGCAGAAGGACCUCCAACAUUACAAGGAGGAACAUCAAAAACAGCAGACGGGCCAAGAGCAGCUGAUGCUCAAGCGACAACCACAGCUUCAGAGUCAGCAGGAGCGCCAGCGGGAGCAGGAGCUAAAGCAACAUCAGCAACAACUACCUCUCAACCUGUGGCACCUGCUGGCCUAUCCCUUUUAUCUGCCUACAGCGAUAGCUCUGAGGAUUCCAACUGACCUUUGCAUCUCAGAAGCAUUUAUAUCAAGUCCAUGUUUAUUUACAAACUAAUUAAACUAUAUGCUAAGA